AUGCUGUCCAAGUAUUGCAAUAAAGCAUCUCCGCUCACCGUUAGGCCUUCGGGAAGACAUAGCGCUACCUGGAAGAGGCUCAUUAGAGCUCGCGCCCAUGCACAACCCCAUAUUCGUUGGGUGGUGGGGAAUGGCAAAAUCUUCUUUUGGGACGAUAAGUGGCUUGGAGAAUCCACCCUGAGAGAUCACGCACUCGAUGACAGGGGACAUCCGAAUACCCUGGUCCGAGAUUUCAUCCGGGAAGGAACUUGGGAUGAGCCUAAGAUUCGGAUGCUUCAUGAUCGGGAUGGUCUUCCACUUCAUAUUAUCGGGCAAAUCCUAGCCACGCCAAUUGUACCAGAAGGCCCAGAUAUCCCGAGAUGGACUAUCUCGCCCCUCGGGGACUUCUCCCUCGCUACAACAUGGGCAACUGUCCGAACUAGCCAACCCAUUGUCCGGGGCUUAGAGGAUAUUUGGAAGGCCGGCCUUACCACCUCUAUCUCCAUUUUCUCAUGGAGGCUGCUCUCCAACCGAAUUCCCGUGGAUACAAAACUCCAAUGGCGGAAGAUGGAGUUGGCAUCGAAGUGCCAAUGUUGCCCACGGAGGCCAGGCGUUGAGUCCCUGCAGCACCUUUUCGCCCAAGGGGUUGGAGCAAUCAGUGUUUGGACAGAAUUUGAUGACUGGUUUGAGGGUUCGACCCCAUCAUUGCGGAUUAAUGAUACGAUCCCAGAUAGGCUGGUGGUCUGGACACGGAGAACACAACAAGCAAGCAAGAAGCAUCUCAGCCGUUCCAUGCCAUACCUCAUCAUGUGGUUCCUUUGGGCUGAACGCAAUAGGAGCCGGCAUCAAAUGACACAGUUCAAGCCAUUUAAUGUGGUGUGGCAAAUGCAAACUUUUAUCCGGAAUAGCAUGGCCGCAGGGCGAAUCAAACCGAAACAUUGGAAGGGCGUGAGACUGAAGAUGAGUAUUCCAAGCGAGGCCGAGCCAAGAUUGCCGAGACCCCUAGCCAUGUCGGUCAAAUGGCAACCCCCAGAUCAGGCAACUCUCAAGAUCAACACAGAUGGAGCCUUCUCGGAAGCUACGGGCAAGGUGGCAGGGGGUGGAUUGAUCCGCAACCACCUGGGGAAAAUGAUCCUCGCCUUCGCCACUCCCCUUGACGCCCAAUCGGCCCUGGAGGCGGAGCUUAAGGCCGCGCACCUUGGCCUUGCCUUGGCGAGAAACUUCAUGCAAACAAUGUGGCUCGAACUGGACUCAGAGCAGGUGAUCAAGCUUAUCAAUGGCACAGCUUGGGGACCGGCCCAUGCUCGUCAUGAUAUUGCCCGCCUUAGGGCCCUCAAGUGCCAUACUAACUUUCGCGCAUCCUUUAUCCACCGUGAAGGCAACAUGGCGGCGGACUUUCUCGCUAAGUUGGGAAUGGAAAGACCAGAAUUUUGCCAGUUCAAUGACUCCACAGCACCACGGCUCCUCAAGGCCAUGAUCCGCAUGGAAGAAAUUGGAGUGCCUAAUAUUAGAGUCCGGGGUGACAAUCACGACUAG